AUGCAGCCUCCCACGUUCCCGGUGUCUAGCGACUCUGUUCCGCCCUCCGCAGCUCUCUCGCCGCACCCCUCCCCUGAAGCCCAAAGAGAGCAACCUAACAGCGACUUCGUGCAAAGGCCUGCCUCGCUUGGUGUCUCUUCCUCUUUGUCUUCCGCUCUCUCUGCCGUCUCUUCUUCUCAGCCUGCCUUCGCGCCAAACGCGAUGACAGUCUCUGCGAACCGCCCAACGUCCUCUGGACAGGGGAGUGACGGACCGCCUGUCUCUUCGACGUUUCUCCCGCAGUCGCGGCCAGAUGUUUUGCCUUCUAGCCUCGACGUGCCGCUCUUCUCUUCUCUCCCCACGUCGUCUCUCAUGACUUCGCACGUGCUGAGCAUCGCGCGAACGCACGGCUACUGCAGUGCCUCGCGAGGCGAAGGCGCCCCAGAGAAGAAUUUUGGAGAGCGAGGCAGAGAUCGAGGAGACAAACUGGAGAAUCUUCUCGCUCUCCAGGAAACUCUCGUCUCGCCUGCGGCCGCCAGAGUCAUUGGGUCCAUGGUGCAGUUUCGCCUGGUCCAGCUGAUCAAAACGGCGAAGAAACUGAUGGAGCACAGCGCCCGCGUCGCCCAGGAAGGCGUCCUAACAGUCGGCGAUGUCCACGAAGCGAUGAACAUGCUGAAGAUACCCCCGCUCCUCUCCUACAGUGGCCCAAGCACGUUUCGCUUCGUGGUGGCUCCACGAGCUGCAGGUGCGCAGGAAGGAUUUCAACUUGUUCGCCGCGAAACGCUUCGUCCUUUUGAGGGACCGAGCGCUCUCUCUCUGGCGUCUCCGUCUUCUUCGGGGGCCCGGAGCAAGUCGCUCGACUCGACUCUCUUUUCUGCCGCAGCGAGCGCGGUCACCGUGGAGGGGCUGUCGUCUUCCGUUUCGAGGAACAGCGGGAAGGAGAAAAAGCCGCUGACGCUCGCUCCCGGGUCGAGCGCCUGUGCGUCUUCGCGCCUGAUCGAUUUGAUAUACGCGGACUUGAAGCUGCCGGCACCGCGCGAGGAGGCGAUUGGAAUUCACUGGAUGGCCGUCGCAGGCAGCGUGCCCGCGAUCCCCCAGAACGUCUUGGCAUGCAGGGAGCGGCGGGAGAAGAAGACUGAGGACGAGGGGAGCCCGCGGAGUCGGAAGUGGGCGCUGAGCUUGCAGAUCUACGAGGGCGAGCGGCGGAAACGGCGGCGAGGCGAGAGCGAGAAGAGGCGCGACCGCAGCCAGGAGCCGGAGGAGGACGCGAAGGAGAAGAGACGAAAACGAAGAGAGUCAAGCAAACGCGUCACAUUUUUUCGCGAAGACGCUGACGACUCCUCAGGCCAAAGUUCCGAAGACGACAGUGAAGACAGAGACGAAAAAGACAGACUGCCUUCGGCCUGGCCUCUGAGCCUUGAAAGGAUCCUCGUCGCUCCCCGGCUUUGCCACGCCCUCGGGAAGGAACAUCAGCAGUUCCUUCAAGCCGUACGCGAGACCCUCCAGGCAGCGAUGGAAGAAAAACACGGUGUCGACUACGAGCGAAACUUCCGGAAAAUGCUGAAAAUCGUCAGUUCCAUCCCAGGGCUCGAGCAACUCCUUCCCUGCUUGGCGCGUUUCUUUGCUGUCGAGCUUGGGGGAUGUCUUCACUUGCCCCAUCGCGCGACUCUCCUCCUUCGCCUUGCCGAGGCGAUCCUCGCGAACCCUCAUCUCCCCCUCCACAGUCACGUUCACCAGUUUCUUUUGCCUCUCAUGGAGUGUCUUUUGCGACCACUGCCGCUCGCGGCUUCGUCGUCUUCGCCGGCGCGCGUCCCCGCGGAGCCUGUCGCCAGCGCCUUGCUGCCGUUCACGCCUCAACAGCUCGAACUGCGCCGGCAGGCUGCCCACUUGCUCGGCGCGUUUCUCUGUCGCGCUCGCGCGCACCGAGAACAAAUGGAGAGCGUUGAAACGGCCGUUCUUCUCCAACUCAAACGCCACCUGCUUCACCCCCAGAGCAGCCUCGAAACUGUCCUCGGAGCCGUCUGGGGCAUCCUGGCCCUGGGAAGACCCGCCGUGCUCCUCCUCCUCCUUCCCGUCCUCCCCCUCCUCCUCCACGCCCUCGAACGCGUGCGCAGUCUAGGCGAACUGCAAAUCGCCGCUUCGUCUGCGGGUCUCCGGAUGAAGACGCGGACCUCCGCGGCUGCGCAGCGCGAAGAAGACUCGGCACCGUUCAGAGCCUCAGAAGAGCCCGAGGGCGAGGACCGGUCCGGAGUCUUCGUCGGGUCUUGCGCCGUGAAAAACCAAGACGCCGCCCUGUUGCAUCAGCACAAGAGCCUCGCUGCGUUGCGCUUGCUUCUCGUCGACCAACUCCUUCAAACGCUUUUGAGUUGCGUCUACGAGGAGCUCAGCCUCCAACUGACUGCCGCGACGACCGGCUCCGCGGGCUUCCUGCUGCCUGGCGAGAACUCAGCCAAGUCUCUGGGAAUGUCGGCGCCAGCUCUCCUGCAACUCAUCCAAGUUCUCUACGACGACACGCGCUCCCUCAGCGACGCGUACACGCCGUUCGUGGCUGCCGCCCUCCAGCGCGCGAACUCUUCCGUUUUGUCUCUUCGGGUGCCCUCGCCGAGUGUCUCCCUAGACACCCGUGAGAGUGGGACCGGCGCGGCGGCGCGAGAGAAAACGCUUUCUGCGACUUCAUCGCGGCAGGCAGUGCGCGAUUUCGUCGCCACGCGCGUGCUUCCCUCGCUGCAGCAAAUGGAGGCUUCGCUCGACGCUCGGCGAAGGCAUGCAAAGACCGAGAGAGGAGCCGAAGCCGACCGAACAGGACAAGACAGAGAGACGUGCGUGCGGGAGCAGGCCGAGUUCAGUGAUUUGAGCAGCGACGCCAGCUAUCUGUUGCCUUGGAACAUUUGA